GAGCGCGGCGGCGGGAGCGCGGCCGUGGAGGAGCGGAGCGGAGGGAGCCAGCGGCAGCCCCGGGCCCGGUGCGGCGGGAUGCGGCGGAGCGCGGCGGCGUGCUGGGCGCUGAUGCUGCUGGCCGCCGCUUUCUGCGACACGGUGGCCGGCAAAGGCGGGCGCGGUGGCGCCCGGGGGGCCGCCCGUGGCGGGGCCCGGGGGGCCGCCCGAGGCCGGGUGAAGGCAUCGGUGCCCCGUUACGGCUCGGCCGGGGCGGCCCUACGGGUGGCGGGGGCGGCGGCGGCGGGAGCGGCGGCCGGCGUGGCGGCGGGAGCCGCCCUGCGCCGGGCCCGGCUGGCCGGCGAGCUGGAAGCGGACGACGGCGUCGAGUACCACGAUGGCAACCGGACGGCCGCCGCCAGCGCCUGGACCUCCACCGCACCGGGCCGGGACCCGCCGGGCUGGGCCGUGUCUUGGCUCUGCCCGCUGGCCGCCGUCCUCCACCGCUGAUGGUUUCGGAGGAACCCGACCGUGCCCGGUGCAGCUACCGAUGCCGCGAGGACCGGCCGCCCCCCCCCGCCCCGGGGGCUGAGCCCACCACCCCUGGGCUAGCAGCGGCUCCCAGGGCUGCGCCCACCCGGCGCCCGGCCUCACCCCGUUACCGGCCACCAGCGGGGCAGGACCCCGCGGGAAGCCCCUCCAUCACCUUCCCCUCCCGUGCACCCCGUGCCAAACCCCGCCGGCUCGGGCCCCCCCGCCCCGUUCGCGCCGUUCCUCUGUACGUGGGUCUCUCGCAGCGUUUGGAGGGCGAGGAGGCGGCAAUAAAGCUGGGCGGA